AUGGUCGGCUUCUCCACCCUCAAGAUCACCCUUCUUAGCCUUGCUGCCAGCGUCCCUCUCGGGGCAAACGCCGCAGACUGCUUCGGGAGCAACUUUAAGUUUUAUGGCAAUCUUUACAAUGACGCGUGGGGCGCUCGCGGCAACCUAUGCAAGAAUGGUGGCAGUGGCGUGAGCUGCAACCCAAGCAACACCUACUGCUCUGUGACCAACGGCAAUGUGAUCGCGAGCUGGGUUGGAUCGAACAAGAAUGAUAUGCUUGAGAAAUGCUCGGAUGCGUUGAACAAUAUCAUCAACCAAUGCGUAUACAGCAACAAGCCUGGGGGAGAUUUCGUUUACAAUUAUAACACGUGGACCAUCGCAGUGUUGGACAGGUAA